AUGCCGACUACAGAUGUCUGGAAUUUGGAGAGUCUUGGGACACAAGUAUGGGUACGUAUCGACAGUCAAGGCGGUGUAGUUGAUGAUAGGAUGUCAGAAGAACAAGAUACGUUCUGGUGGCCUGCCAAGGUCAUACAUCGCCGUGAUUCUACGCGAGUGAACCUGUUCGGUGAUGCUCUGGGUCACUCGGACACAGAUGACGUCCGAGAGCUCACCAUUGACGCCCCGUCUGCCUCCAACAUUCUGUCUAUGGCUGUGGGUGGGACCAUGCGUUUCAACGAAGCGAACUUUAGACAGCCUCAACUCUCUGCCGAUAUACAAAGAUCGCCAAGGAAGAAGCGGAAGUCAGAUAUCGAGACGCGUUGGAAAGCAGCUCGGGAUCUGAUGCUAGCAGCAGACCAGGAAGAAAAUGACGGGCUGCCUAUGUGGCUAUCUACCUACGUGGCGGGGGACACUUUACCGCCGUUAACGAACAAUAGCAGGAACAAAGGCAAACAGGCGGCCGGCGCUUCUGAUGACACCGGAAAACCAGAGCGACGCUGGAGAGCACCAUCGUGCGAUCCCACAUACGAGCUUCCCGGCGAGCUAGUGUUGGCGAAAGAAAAGAGGUCGCACACCCAGUACUGGCCUGCUAGACUGCUCCGGUACUUGAAGCCUGAAAAUCCCAGGCAAAAGCCCAAGUACGAAGUCGAAUUCUACAACGGGGAGAUCAAGAACCUGGAGCCGAAUCUCUUCUAUACUACGGUGGAUAAGGGCUUCAAAACAUGCCAGCUUGGACAGGAUAUAUAUAAUUACGGCCUGAAUGACGAAGCUGACGAAGCUGACGACUCAGUGAGCCACGAUGCCGUACGACCCGCCACGGACGAGUCCGCAUUCGAUGAAGCAACGCUCCGAAUACCCAGCCCCGUACCCCGCCUUGCGGCACCGCGCACCUUCGUUGACAAGCUGUCUCUCGCAGAACAGUUCAGCUACGUUAAGCCGAUCCUUGCGUCUGUCAUUGAGGGAGACUUCAAACCAGCCAACCAGCGACACACUGACUUCAUGCGGGGCGCCGCAGCGAGACGAAAGGUCUGCGAGAGCGGGUAUUCGAGAGGGUCGCUGCGCUCUCAUGAGGUCGAAGACUUACUGGAUCUCAUCAUGCAGUGGGCGCGUAGGCGACAAAAGCGGAAAGAGCUCGGAAUUACCGUAGGUCCGGGAGCAACAUCACCUAGCGAACGGGCUGAACCAUCUUCGAAUGUCCAAGAUCAGGUCAUGGCGGUGGACAGCACGGAUCAGAGUCCUCCGCCUCCGUCCCAGGACGCCCAGCCCAAAACAAUGUCAACCGCAGCGCGCGUGGACACUGAAGCCCCUACAUCCUCUAUUGAGACAAGCGACCGUGAAACUAAAGCUGCUCAGGACCUCUCGGACAACGCCGCGGCAUCACAGGUGCCUGACGAAGACGUGGUGGCUGAACGAGUGAACGACAUAGAAGCGCAUGACAUGCAGCAGGACAUCGAUAUGGCGGAUAGUCCGCUGACAUCGAACGACGAAGUCCCGCCAGUAGGCUCUUCUGAGACCACCCGGUCUCGGGCUACUUUCGCAGAUCUAUCGGAAGUGGAUAAAAUCACUUAUUGCCAAAAUAUCCUGCUGAAUGAGGCCGUUCUCCAGCUACUUCUAUGGCGCUGCGGUCAACGAAUGAGCUUGGAGCUACUACCGCCUGACGAAGAACAGCGUCUCCGGAAUAUAGCGGUGGGGGAAGCUGAGAAGACUUAUUGGGUACACGAUAUUGUCCGCAUGAAGCAGCACGCCGCUAGCAAGGAUCGCAAAGCUGCUCAGUCGCCUGUUUCUUUGGCGAAAGGAGGGACUAGAUUACGUCCGCGACGAAGAUAA